AUGUCGGAUCACGAAGACAAAGGCAUGGCACCGCCUGCUGUUGCUGUUUACUUGUAUGUCCCUUCAAAUUUUCCGAUCCCUGCACCUAUGGUUUGUAAAGGAAACCUGGUAGCUAACUGGGAGUUCUUCCAUCAACAAUGGGAAGAUUAUGAAGUCGUGACUGGUCUCGAUAAACAAAGCUCCAAAAUACGAUUGGCGUCGUUUCGCUCCGUGAUGGGAAAAGAUUGCCUUCAAACAUUCCUGAAUCUCAAUAUCUCGGCUGAGGACAGGAAUAAUGUGGAAACAUGCAUCACUGCGUUGGAGAACUAUUUCAAACUGCAUUGCAACGUAGUUUAUGAACGGUAUGUUUUCAAUUCUUGUGAGCAAAAUCAAGGAGAGUCAGUUGACAGUUAUGUCACUCGCCUUCGUAAACUUGCAUCGUCUUGUGAAUUUGGAAUGCUCACUGAUGAGUUAAUCCAUGACAAGUUGAUCAUUGGCCUAAACUACAGGGGAACAAAAGGAAAGCUUCUUCGGGAGAAGUCACUCACGCUCGACAAAGCAGUUGACAUUGCGCGUUCUAACGAAAUAACCAGCAAACAAUUAGAAGCUAUGAAAUCCAACACCACAGCCCCGCCAAAAGAAGAAGUGAAUCUUGUAGGAAAAGAGAAGGGCAAGAAUUUCAAGAAGCAGUCAAACGAAAAAUUCAAACCCAGAAAGAAUCGUUUCCCCAAUAAAAAGAAACAGAAAGCAGACCCUGGAAACAGAAAGUGCAAAUACUGUGGCACCCAACACAAGCGAAAUGAAUGCCCAGCAUACAAUAAACGCUGCGCUUACUGUCAGAAAUGGCACUACUUCGCUAGUGUGUGUAUGGCUAAGAAGAAAAGUGAGGUCAAUCUCAUCCAAGAAAGCCAUGAAAGCUCAGAUUCAGAGGAAUCAGUUCUCAAAGUGGAAGAUAUUUCAUCUAUUGAAUCCUGUGGUAAUCGAUGGUUCGCCACACUCAGCUUCUAUUGUGAACACAACAAGCACGAAACCAAGCUCAAAUGCCAGCUCGACACAGGUGCAACCUGGAAUGUACUCAGUUACAGAGACCUGUCGAUCAUCAAACAGGACGGCAACCCCCAAUUGGAAAGCAGCAAAACAAAGCUCAAAUUAUUUGACAGCUCUCUGAUGAAGACCCUUGGAGAAGUUAAUCUUCGAGUCAUACAUGGUGGACAGGCUCAAGUUUUCAAGUUUCAAGUUGUUGGUGGUACUAACAAGCCUUUACUGUCUGCCGAUACUUGCCAACAGUUGGGACUUCUCAAGUUGGGAUCACAAGCUGAAGUCUUAUCCUUAGAUGUGAAACAAGCCCCCCUAACAGCACAGAGUAUCUUGCAAGAUUAUCAAGACGUCUUCAAAGGACUGGGACACAUUGGUACCAGCAGUUUCGUAGUGGAUCCCUCAGCAGUACCAGUACAGCACACCUCCAGACGUAUACCUGUAGCCCUCAAGAAAGAAGUGCAAACAAAGCUUGAAGAUCUAGAAAGAGGCAUCAUCGUAAAAGAAACCGCCCCAACAGAAUGGAUCAGCAAUAUGGUUGUAGUGGCUAAACCCAGCAAGUUCUGCAUCUGUUUAGACCCUCAAGAAUUGAAUAAAGCCAUUCAGCGCCCGAAGUAUCAGAUGCCCACACUCGAGGAACUGCUGCCCAAGUUGUGCGAAGCCAAGAUUUUCAGCACGCUAGACGCAAAAGACGGCUUUUAUCAAAUAAGUCUUGACGAAGCCAGCAGCAAAUUGACAACAUUCUGGACGCCCUUUGGUCGCUAUCGCUAUCUUCGAAUGCCCUUUGGCGUAAGCCUUGCCCCAGAAGAAUUCGAGAGGAACCUGCAGGAGAAACUGGGUGACUUGGAAGGUGUAGCAGUGAUAAGAGAUGACAUCAUCGUCAUGGCUUUUGGUGAGACACAAGAGCAAGCAGUCCACAAUCACGAGAAUUUACUCAAGCUACUAGAAAGAGCACGUAAAGUCAAUCUUCGCCUGAACAGCAGGAAGAUGGAGCUGAAGAAAUCUGAAGUGAAGUUUAUGGGAUACAUCAUCAAUGUAGCACAGCCUCUAAGGGACUUAACUGCAAAGAAUGCUAAAUUUACAUGGGCUAAACAGCAUGACACAGCCUUUCAGGAAGUGAAGAAGCUGGUGGUCAACCACUCCGUCCUCAAAUAUUAUGAUUGCAAUGCUGAAGUCACCCUUCAAUGUGAUGCAAGCGAAAAAGGAUUAGGCGCAGUCCUUCUUCAGAACGGCCAACCUGUAGCUUUUGCUUCAAAAACACUCACCUACAGAGAGAAGGUAUGCCCAAAUAGAAAAGGAGUGUCUUGCGAUAGUGUUUGCCUGUCAGAGGUUCAGCCAGUACCCCUCCCGACGAGAAAAGAUCACAGUAGAGUCCGACCACAAGCCUCUCCAAGCAAUCUUCAAGAAAUCCGUGUCAGCAGCGCCAUGCAGAUUGCAAAGGAUGCUACUCUGCCUACAACGGUUCAAUCUGUCACAUACAAACCAGGUUCGAAGAUGUACAUAGCGGACCAUCUGUCAAGGGCCUACCUCGCCAGUGUAGGAGAGGAAGACAAGGAGUUCCAAGUCUUUGCACUGGAGAUUGAAUCCUUAAACCCCUUGGACUCAUUAACAGUGUCCCGUGAAAGGCUAGCGCAGUUGCAGAAAGCGACAGAACAGGAUAAAGUUCUCCAAACCUUGAAGACUACUGUUUUGGUAGGAUGGCCGGAACAGAAAAGCCAGGUACCUAUUCCAAUCAGAGAAUACUGGAACUAUCGUGAUGAAAUUUCUCUGCAUAAUGGUAUCUUGUUCAAAUAUCAGCGUAUCAUCAUUCCCCAGGCGAUCAGACCAGAGAUCAUAGCAAGAAGUCACGCCAGUCACCUUGGCAUCGAGUCGUGUUUGAGAAAGGCACGAGAUUCAGUUUUCUGGCCUGGAAUGAGCAGUGAGAUCAAGGAAGUCGUCUCGCAGUGUUCUGUGUGUGCAGAAUUUCAGUCAAAGAACCACAAAGAGCCCAUGCAGACUUCAAAAGUUCCAGAUCAUCCUUGGAGCCGUGUAGCCAUUGACCUGUUCACUCUUCAUAAGAAAGAGUAUGUCGAACAGUUCAGCAGACACGGAAUUCCAGACGUCCAAGUGUCUGACAAUGGAUCGCAGCUUGUGAGUCAUGAUUUCAGACGAUUUGCAGAAGAGUGGGAAUUUAAGCAUGUGACGUCAUCUCCGCAUCAUCACCAAUCUAAUGGCAAAGCAGAGUCUGCAGUUAAAGUCACGAAGAACUUGUUCAAGAAGGCCCUCCGGGAUGGAAGAGAUCCAUGGCUUGCCUUGUUAAUAUACAGAAACACACCUGUUGAAACCAUUGGAUCAAGUCCAGCACAGAGACUCAUGUCUUGA